AUGGACCCAUCAAUUCAGAAAAGAGUCUCCAAAGCAUGCGACGCCUGCAAGCGCCGCAAGGUGAAGUGCAACGGUCAGGAGCGGUGUCAGCAAUGCAGUCACCUUGGUUUGAGAUGCGUGUACUCGGCGACAGGCAAGCUGCGGAGUCAGGGCAAGAGAGGCCAUAUCAUUUCCGAAUUCAGGAACCAGACGAACAAUGCUCACACAACAUCACCACCCACUAUACUACCGGCGAAUGGGCUCCACAUACAACCAUACAGUGGGUUCGCGUACACCAUCGACCGCGAUGGGCUCGGUUCAGCAUCUCCUGAAUCAUCUGUCACCUUGCAGUAUAACAAGGCAUUCUUUUUGGAUCUCAUACCAGAUUAUCUGGAAGGUGUCUACCCUGUGCAGCCUGUCAUCACUGAGCUCGAACUACGGCACUAUAUCCAUUCGAUGGACCAUGACCAGGAGAUGCGCUCAUUCAUAUAUGCUUUCGGUGGCUGCACGCUUAAUUUGACUCGAUACGGGGAUCGAAGGACAGAGGACGUUGUGCAGACCAUCGAGAGCCUCAUGGAUUCAUCGAUCGACACAAUGAAGCCUCCACACAAACUUCAUCGUUCAUCCGUCAUGCGAGCCAUGCAGUCAAUUUUCAUACAUAACUGCCUUAUGAGCUUACAGGGUAGCGACGCGGCGUUCCACUGGAUGAGAGAUGCGAUCAGUGCAAUCCAGCUCCUGCGUAUCGACAACCCAGAGCAUGUCUUGAAUCUAGCGGCACCGGAAAGAUCGAGAAGGCAGCGUCUGUAUUGGCAGGCCUACAUUCACGAGCGAUUUAUCGCAAUCCUAGACUACCGUCAAGCCAUCAUGGUGCCACUCUACACAUUACCCGAAGACGAUCCCACCAUUCCUGUUCAGGUGCACGAGGGCUUCAAUCAGAUCAUCAAGCUCUUCCGACUUCUAGACACGGAAUUUCUCAGCAGCUGGCUUGGUGCAGCUGGACAGAACGGUCCUGUCACCAGUACCUGGGUCGAGGCCAAGUCACGCGAACUCGAGGGCGAUCCAGAAGCCGACGCGCUCGAGCUAGCGAAUCUUUCCAUGAUGCAGCGCGCAGACCUGACCAUCACACGUGAAUGGCUCCGCACACUAGUUUGGCGGCUCGCCAUGGGCCAGACGCUGCUUUCGUCGCGAUCGUCCAAGGAGUGCCUGUCGCUCCUCUUCCCAGUCCGAUUAUCGCAGUCACUGCGGCAUCAGCUGUCGAGCAUGUCACGCCAAGAUAUUGAGGUGCAUGGUAGUUCGAUCACGCAGAAGCUCUUCGAGAUCACCGACACAAUUGCCGAUGUGCUGAUCCACAUACCGGCCGCCACUCUUGAGGAAACCGCACUACGUAUCGACGACUUCCUCUUUAUUCUCGACUUCAUACUACUAUUCCCCCAGCUUGAUGCCACACGGCGCGGGAUCCUGCUGGAGAAGCUCGAGCGCCUGCAGACCAUGUUCCCGGAGGCGGUCAGCAACGCAAGCUCGCCCAGUUUGCCGCUGGAUCUGCAGAGCCCCUGUGCAAACGAUCCCUGGUACCAAGUGGCGCAAUCCAAAACCGCUGCAGGGCUCGAAGAGAUGGCUGAUGGGCAAGCGCCGGGACAGGUGCACGCACAUCAAGAUGAAGGGGUGGGAACAUCAAGAGAAGUCAGAGUUGGCCAGCUGGCUACCUGGAAUCACAUCUCGAGAAGGCUCUCAAUGGCACAUUUUGGCACUUCGUAG